AUGCGAACUCGAAGUUCAAAGAACACAAAAAGUGUUAAAAUUGUGAAACCUAAAUUGGUGGGGAGACGACCGAAGGCUACAAAAGCUGGUUGCUUUUGUAGUGAGGCAGAACAAGAUCUUGAAGAAUAUGCCAAUAAUCUGGAAUUCGAGGUGAAUGAGUUAUAUCACUUAUUGGAUCGUGAGAUGUCUGGUCGGCAGAAGUUGGAAGGUUCUGUCGAACAUUUAACACAGAUGUGCCACAUGCAAGAACGGGCACUAGUGGAAUUGAAACGAGACGUUCGUCGAUUGAGAGCAAUGCCCGACAAAAUCGAUGUGGCAUUAGAUUGGGUUGUUCGUGGUGUGGCUCUGGUUCAAGAACAUCUUCAGGGGCAGCAUCAAGACACGUCAACAGAAGACAAUGAAGACGACAGCUUUUCGUCUUAUUAA